CUGCAUCCCUAUGAAUGUCCAGCUCGUCACUGACAUCCACGGUCUAAAAUGUGUGUGUGUGUGUGUGAGAGAGAGCACGGCAAAGCCUGGCGGCCAAGCCCGCACCGACGCUGGCCGCCGUUUAGAACUCUGUGUGACGACUCUCAUAGAGCAGCAGGUCGCAGCACACGCAGAGCAAACCGGCAAGCAUCAAGGAGAAUACAGCCAGAUUAUUUGCAGAAGAAAUUGGUUACAAAACAAGUGCACUAAUUUGAGAGCAGAUACAAGGAAGAGCAAUCGAUGGCCGAGUCUGCCGUUAAGGCCAUCGUCGGGAACGUGAGCAACCUUGCCGUUCAGGAGACCACCCUGCUAUGUGGAGUCAACCUUGAAGUGGAGUGCCUGAAAAAUGAGCUGGAGCGACUGAAGUGGUACCUGAAAUCUGCCGAUGCUAAAUGGAGAUCAGGAGAUGACCGUGUGGCUACCUGGGUCAGCCAGAUCAGGGCCGUCUCAUAUGAGGCUGAGAAUGUCAUCGAGGUCGCUGAUUACAUGGGCAAGAGAAACAGGCUCAAGAAGGGCUUCUUGGGUGCCAUCUCAAGGUAUGCUCACUUACCCGGUGACUUGAUCACUCUUCACAAAGUCGGUGUUGAAAUCAAGCGUGUAAGAAGGAAGCUCGAUGAGAUAUUUCAAAGCGCAGAACGUUUGAAAUUUAAUUUAGACAGUAGUGUUGUUGACAAGGUUCACUUAGAUGGUGAUUCUCAACAAGAGUAUGGUCUUAUGUACGAAAACAUUGAAGAUGAUUUUGUGAUGAUUGGUUUUGAAGAUGAAUACGAAGAAAUAGUUGAUAAGUUAGUUGACACAGAGAAGGAUCUUAGUGUUGUCUCCAUAGUUGCCAUGGGUGGUGCGGGAAAAACAACACUUGCUAGAAAAGUCUACUCUUCAUCUAUAGUUGAACAACACUUUGAGAAAAUUGCCUGGGUGACUGUAUCUGAAAAGUAUAAGGGCAUUGAUUUAAUGAAGGAUAUUAUGAAACAAAUAAUGGGGACAAGGGGUGAUUCACUUGAACAAAUGGAAGAGUAUGAGGUGGGAAAGAAAACCCAUGACUUUCUCUUGCAUAAAAGAUACUUGGUAGUUCUCGAUGAUGUGUGGGAAACCGACACAUGGGACCAAAUAAACAGAAAGGUCAAAGCCUUUCCAAAUGCAAGUAAUGGCAGUAGAGUACUCUUAACCACUCGAAAGGAAGAUGUCGCAAAUCAUAUACAAAUGCCAACCCAUGUUCAUCAUUUGAAGAAGUUAGACGAAGAUGAAAGUUGGAAACUUUUUAACAGCAAAGCUCUACCAUCAUACAUAAGGAGAACAAUAAUUGAUGUGUAUGAGUUUGAAGAACUAGGGAGAAACCUUGCAAGAAAAUGUGAUGGAUUACCUCUUGCCCUUGCGGUUUUGGGAGGCUAUCUAUCAAGGAAUCUAAACACACAAACAUGGUGUGAUAUACUCUUGGAUUGGCCAUCAACCAAGAAUAGACAGAUGAUGCGAGAAAUACUAGCUCGCAGUUACAAAGACCUGGCAAAUCAUCACUUGAGAUCGUGUUACCUCUAUUUUGCCGCUUUUCCAGAAGAUUACAAAAUAUCUGUGUUGGCUCUUAUUGAAGUAUGGAUAGCAGAAAAAUUCAUUCCGCAUUUACCAAAUCAUAAACUAGAAGAAACAGCACAUAAGUAUGUACUCGAGUUGGCUCAGAGAAACUUGGUCCAAGUUAUUGAGAGAAGUGAGGUACAUGGAUGCAUUCUAACAGUAAGAAUUCAUGACAUUCUACGUGACUGGUGCAUAGAAGAAGCAAGGCAAGAUGGUUUUCUUGAUGUCAUCAACAAAACUGCAGGACAAGGUGGUCCAUCUUCAUCUAAUACCAUGAUAUCAUAUCGUUCUUCUGUCCAAAACUUGAAUGGCGAUCUAAUUUGCCAUGAAAGCAUAUCUAAUUCAGCACGAACACUUGUUGUCUUUAGAAUUCCUUCAGUAUCCUUUUCCAACCAGCUAAAAUUGUUGAGGGUUCUUCAUAUGGAAGAUUCUAGUCUGGAAAAUUUCUCUAAGAUAAUUGGUGGGUGCAUUUACCUAAGAUACCUCAGGCUUAGAAGAUGCAAAGGUGUGACAUUGCCUUCUUCAAUAGGACAACUCAUUUACUUGGAGACUAUAGAUCUAAAAUGCACACAAAUGGACUCGGUAGUACCAAAGUCCCUCUGGGAUAUCCCUACUCUAAGGCAUGUUUAUCUUGGAAAUGAGUUUUCCCCACCAAGGAGUCUGCGACAUAAAGAGCUCCAGACCUUUGAGUUAUAUCUUACGCGUGCCAAAACUAAAUACCGACGUCAUAACAUGGUUAUUUUUUUGGGCCAGAUGAAUCAACUAACGACCUUCUCUUGGGCGAUUAGCCGUAUCCCAUCAGAAGUGAUUAACAUAUUUGCAAACAUGCCUCAUCUUGUCGAUAUUUAUCUCAACAAAUUUAGUGUGCUCAAGACGAUCCCCGCUAAGUUCCCACAAAGCCUACGGUGUCUUGUUCUAUUUGCUGAUAUCAUUGAACAAGAUCCGAUGCCAAUCUUGGAGAAGCUUCCAUCUCUUGUGGUGCUGGAGUUAUCCGGAUAUCGUGGCCGAAUCAUGUCAUGCUCUGCCAAAGGGUUUCAUCGCAUGCAAUCGCUAAAACUUGAUGAGUUCUCCAUUGAGGAGUGGCGGAUGGAUGUUGGGUCGAUGCCAAGGCUCUCCCACCUUGCACUACGGAGAUGCAGGCAGAUAGGGAAGCUCCCCGAGGGUUUGUUGCAUGUUCGGCUCCUCAUAGGUGAUAUUGAACUGUUCAAUGUGCCUCGGAUUACCGAAGAUGAUAAUACAUUGUAUGAGCUGCAAAGGAGAGGAUGGAAGGUGAAACGUUCACCGUGAGGCCUUGCAUGAUUCAUCGCAAGAUCUUUGACUACAAAGCAGAGGAAGAGUUUCCUGACUCCCAAGGCACUCAUUACUUCACAGUAUGCAUGCUCCGACUUAAAGCUACAUGAUUCCCUCAAAUACCCCAGAAUUAGCUGAAGCACUGGCGCUACGGCAUGCGGUGGCUCUCACCCGUGAUGAAGGAUUUUGAAGGGCCGUUUUGCAGUCAGACUGUUUGUCAGUUAUCCAGAGAACCAAUGCUUCGACGGGGCUCAUCACUGCUGAUAUCAAGGAGUUGGCGUCGGUCUUUUCGUCUGUUCGCUUUAGUCAUGUAAAUCGUUUGUCGAAUGUCGCGGCACAUAUUCUAGCUAGAUCUUGUGAGUCCUCUAGUGACACUAUUUUUCAUGUAACCCCGGAUUGUAUCCGGGAGGCACUCUCUCUUGAUUAUACUUGAUCAAUAAAGCGCGAUAUUCCUCAAAAAAAAUGUAAUGGAGUAAACUGGUCUAAGUAACCUAUAUGUGCUCCAUCUAA